AACACAGCAGCCAUCUCUUCCAGUGGCUCACUUGUGGCUACCCAUGACUACUAUCCAGGAUGCCUGGACUCCUCGUCCAGCAACAACUCUGGCAGAAGUGCCGCGUACCCAGGGGACACCGUGCUCCACUCUCCCCAGGUCUUCCCAAGGCUGACCCUGGCCACUGGUAGGCCAGCUUCUUUUUUGGGAAAUCCACCCUCCCAUUCAUGGCCACAGUGUUGGAGUCGCCUGAGCACUCGGCAGAAUCUCCCCAGGCCUCCAGAAGCCCAAUCGCCUGUGGCCUGGCUCCUGAAACCAUGUAGAAGCAGCCAGUCAUCCAUCCUGGCCAGACCAAUACCAGGGCCCAGUCCUGACCUGUCGGCAAAAGCAGCCUGCCCAAGUUUAAGUGGUGCUAGGCCAGAGCCCACCUUCUCAAUCCUCCCUGUAAACUAGGAAGGCUGAACAACAGACACCAACAGAAGCUGGAGAGAGUUCCCUCUUGGUUCACAGCACAGUUUUCCUGACCCCAUAACUGUGUCUUGCACAAAGCAGAAAAUAAACUCACAGCAGCCUCUCCCCAC